UUCUGGGGUGUGUUAGUUUAUCACACCGGCACGGAGUCAACGGGCGGCGCGUCUACCUUCUUCACGUCCAAACUCAUCAUUAAACGACGCACAUGUCAGCUGUCAACGUCUGUGCUGUCGUAAAAUAAACUCACCUAUGGGGGAGAAACCGGGCGUCCCGGUGCCCGCUGGAUGAGGCGUGUCCCGAGCCAAUUUGACCAAAUUAAUGUCAUGCGGAUUAUUCCGUUAUUUGGUAAAACCAGACACUGUUUUUAAGAUUUUUAAUAGCCACAAUUUAAAAGUAAAUUAAUGUAUUCAGCUGGUGCCCCAUUAACCACCCAGGAUUAGGGUUAGGUAGUUGAUUAGCCUAUUUGUAUCAUAUAUCCAGUAUGGACAUAAAGCCUGUUAAAAACAACAACAACAUCAUCCAUUAAAAACGUGCAUUCAGGCACAUAAUACCAAAAUACGACUCACAAAUCAAACACUCGUGCAGAGACGGACACCCACACCCACCCAUCUACCACACACACACACACACACACACAUUAUUGCUGAGUUGUGUUUAUGAGCAGGUCUAGUGGUUGAAAUAUGAGCCAAAUACAAUGCACGGAUGUUAUAAAUAGUUGAUGAAGUGUGUUAUAUGUUGGACGCAUGUUGGAGCUCCAUGAUGCUCUGCUGAUUGACCGCUGAGCGUUGAGGUGCGCUGUGUGCUCUCCGCCGUGCUGCUGCUGCUGCUGCAGGAGGAGCGUCCGUCCGUCCACAGCCUGCAGUGCUGCGAUGUGAUGUGCAGCGGGGUUUUUGUGUGUGUGUGUGUGUGUGUGUGUGUCUCCUUGCUGCUCCGUUUUCCCAUAUCUAAUCCCAUUUGCAAGACCACUGAGGACCAGAUUCAUUAAGAGAGAGGGGCGACAGCUUUGGGGAACAGCUUUGUGCGUCUGCGAAACUGAGAUGGGGAAGGCGCUCACUCAUUUCUGUGAUUAUCUGCAUGGUUUCUGGAGAUGCAGGUGCCUUCAGGGGAUGCCCUUUCACUGACUGGAUAGAGGCAGUUGGGUUUUAGGAUGCGCUCCCUGAGAAAGACGUUGUUGCUCGCCAUCCUGGUGUCUGUGGUGCUGGUACUGGCUCUUCUGCAUUCGUGGCCCACUCGGGCUUACACCACGGUAGACGUGUGGCAGCGACCGGGGUCAAUAGUGGAGAGGCAUCUGGAGGAGAGGCUCCCAGAAGCAGACCACCGAUUAGGCAACAUCCCUUUUCAUGUGAGGGACAGUGUGGCAAUCUUGUUGGCACGUAAUGGAUGUGUAUGUGAGGGCGAGAGUGGAGGAGUAAACCUGCCCUUCGCCCAACUCUUGUUCCCGCGGGUGUCAGCUCACCCGCUACACACUGCCUUUGAAGCCUCAGAGCUGGAGGAAAUGAAGAGGAGAAGGGCCAAAGAGUACAAGAGUUUCCAGAAGAGGUCAGAGUCACUUGCAGAUGUUCUCAUCAUUGCAGAGGCUAACAAUCCCUUACAGUAUCCAACACAGGGGGUGGAGGUACGACCCCUGAAAACAAUCAUCAUCCCAGGCUUGGCUUUACACGACCUUCCCAGAGACCACUACUCCAUAAACAUGACUGCCACGCUGGGAACGCUCAACGUGGCAGCAGAGGUAGACGGGGUGAAAAUCAAAGGUGAUGGCGAGAUGCACAUGACUCUGUCAAGCAGCCUCCUGCCGAACCUGAACCGCCAGCUGCAGUUUGUCACGUACACAAACACGCUGUUCCACCCGAGCACAGCCGACACAGUGCACUUUGAGACAGAGGGGCAUCAAGCCAUCUUCAGUAUCAAGAUUCGUCACGGGGUAACACCCAAACUGUAUAACACCGGAUCUAAAGGAGAGUACAAUGUCAGUGCCCUCGUUACCAUAGCUACGAAGACUUUCCUGCGUUACGAUAAGCUUCAAGAUCUUAUCGACAGCGUGAGAAGAUACUAUCCUACUGUCACCAUAGUAAUCGCUGAUGACAGUGAAAAUCCCAAAACCAUCUCCGGGCCUUACAUCGAACAUUACAUCAUGCCUUUUGGAAAGGGUUGGUUUGCCGGACGAAACCUAGCCGUCUCUCAGGUGACCACAAAGUACGUGCUGUGGGUAGACGACGACUUCAUCUUCACAGCCAACACCAAGCUGGAGAAACUCGUGGAUGUUUUAGAGAGAACUACUCUAGAUCUGGUGGGUGGUGCAGUGCGAGAGGCCACAGGUUAUACUGCCACCUACAGACAGACCAUCUCCAUUGAGCCAGGGGAGGAGGAUGGUGACUGUUUACACAUGAGGAGAGGAUUUCAUCACGUCAUCCAAGGCUUCCCCAACUGUGUUGUGACUGACGGGGUGAUCAACUUCUUCCUGGCUCGCACUGACAAAGUCCAGCAGGUCGGCUUUGACCCGCGCCUCACCAGGGUAGCUCACCUGGAGUUUUUCAUCGAUGGUCUGGGAUCUCUCCACGUAGGUUCUUGUGAUGAUGUCAUUGUCAAUCACGCAACCAAAAUCAAACUCCCCUGGGUCACCCAAUCAGAGAGCGACAAGACCUACGCCAAGUUUCGCUACCCGCCGGCCUCCUCCGACGCCACACACACGAAAAACGGCCUCCUCUUCUUCAAGAACCGGUUCCAGUGUUUGACUCAUAAUUAGUUCCUCUUCUCUUUAUCCUGAGGGUUCCUCUGCUCUUCUUGAGUUGCCAAAGAAGUUCUCCCCGACCGUGUUACGUCAGAUAAGAUUUCAGACAAACACUUUAAUGUUUGGCCUUCUGUUGAAAACCUUAACAAGAGGUUUCAGGCUUUACCGUAGAGACAAUGCGCCAUUAGAGCAGUUUUAGUAUGUUUGUUCAGCCAGCGCAGAGCUCUGUGGUGAGCUGAAAAGUCCUUGUACAUUAUAAAUAACCAGGCUCUCUUCUGGAUCCGCUGUAGUAACAAACAUAUCAUAUUGUUUACACACACCCAGGUAAAUCACAGCAUAAUUUUGAUUAGUUUAAGUUUCUGAAAGGAUUUUUUGUUUGUCAAAUCUUAUCUGGCUUUACUUCCUCAAGUUGUUCUAACACAGAGACCGAGCUUUGGGAAAACCCAAUAGGUAGCAUCGUUACAGUCUGAGUCACUCCAUUGUCAUUCUAUGCUAAUGUGACUUGAGGUGUGUGUCCUUCAAUUUGCACUAUCCAAAAAGACUGAGCUUGGAAAAGCAAUAGUGACACCAGAGAGCCUGAGGACGAGGACUCACUGUUAGCGAAGACGAAGGGACACUUCGACGAAAGUGACAAUUCCGUCAACACAGAACAUAGGUAUCCUUUUUACCAAGGCCACAUGAAGAACGCAUUCAGAACUUUCUCACCUGUGGUACCUACGCUCUGUGACUGACUGGUCGUGCCAAAAGUUUGGCUGCUGGCUUUGGGGUUGUUUUUGUCUGUUUGUUAUGGUUUCGCCUCCUUUUACCCAGAAUCCUGUGUGUCAUUUGUGAGUGAUUAAUCCCAUCUGAGGAGGAGAAAGUUUUGGUCCCCUCCAUCUGGAGAUACACUUGGUGUUACCUGAUCCGGGAGCAGCCUUGUUUGUUUGUUUUGUCUCCCGCUCUCCAUCACUCUCCGGGGUUUCUUCAUCCAAAAGACGAGGUUUCUGUCCAAUGCACGCUGAUGAUUAACGGUGAAAGUGACUGCAUCUCUACAUGCUGCCUAAAAGAAAAGUUGAAUGAACCAAAGUGCAUGUUUAUUUUCCUCAUUGUAAUAGAAGAAGAGAAAAAAAACUAGCACAUUGAGAGAGAGAUAAUGAGAGUUUGAUGAUAAAUUAGCAGUCAGAGCGUGAGAGGAAAAGUGAGUGACACCUAGUGAGACAAAGUCAACGAGACUUGAUGAUACGGUGGAGCGCCAAGGCUUGAAAAUCCUGUUUUUAUACUCUCCUCUCCGGAGAGUUACUGAUACUCAUGCCUGAAGUGAUGAUGCUGUUCUUUUAUACCAUGGCCUUGAGGUGGCGCCCUUGUAUCACCCUGUUGUUUUCUUAAAUAAGUCGAAUUAGUUUUUAACAGUGUUAGCAAAGAGGUGCCAGAGAUUUUAUCUACUGAUUCUUUUUUUUUUUUUAAUCUCGAGAGGAAUAUUUGAAAACUAUUUUGUGUGAGGUGUCUGUUAUGGAUUUUUCUUUUUGUUCACCAAAAUGCGAUUGAUGUUAGCUCUGUGGACAGGGGUCAGAAUCAAACUUCAUAAGUGACACUAUUAUAAAAGGCUUUUGUGUAGUUGUGCGUUCAAAAAUUUGUCUCAUGUUAGGAUUUGUAAUUGUCAACAGAUCUAUAGCUCAGCUGAAAACCUUUUUUUGUGAUAUUUAUUGUGUUAACACUGAAAUUUUACUUGCCUGCUUCACCCCAAAAAAAUACUGGUGUCAGAUGUCUGAUCACGGCAUUAUGAGCAUUUUUUUUUAUUAUUAUUUAUUUAAAAUGUUGACAUAUUAAAAUGUCUGUGGAAACA